AUGAGUAAUAUAUAUGUUAAUGAGCCAGCAACAAGCGGCAAGAUUUGUAUGAAAACAACAGUUGGUGACAUCGAUAUCGAAUUAUGGUCAAAAGAAUGUCCAUUAGCAUGCCGAAAUUUCAUUCAGUUAUGCAUGGAAGGCUACUAUAAUGGUACAAUAUUUCAUCGAGUAAUUCGAGAUUUUAUCGUUCAAGGAGGUGAUCCAACUGGUACUGGUGAAGGAGGUGAAAGUAUUUACAAUACUUCAUUUAAGAAUGAAUUUCAUCAACGAUUGAAGUUUAAUCGUCGUGGCCUUGUUGGAAUGGCCAGUGGAAAUGAUGGCAUGAAUGGUUCACAGUUUUUUUUCACUUUAAAUGCUACACCAGAUCUCGACAAAAAACAUACACUUUUCGGAAAAAUUGUUGGUAAUACACUGUUCAAUAUGUUACGUUUGGGUGAAUGUGAAAUAGGCGAUGAUGAUAAGCCGCUUACAAAACAAAAAAUUUUACAAGUGGAAAUAUUGAGUAAUCCGUUCAAUGAUAUUAUACCACGAGAAAAGAAGAAAGAUAAAAAGAGGAAGGAAAAAGUUCGCGAAAAAAAAGAUGCUAAAAAAAAUCUUACCCUUCUUUCAUUUGGUAAUGAAGCUGAAGAAGAUGAAAUAGAAUUGCAGGAAGCGAAUGAGAAAUUAAAAUGUAAAAGUAAAAGUGCACAUGAUAUAUUAACUGAUGAAACGCUCAGUAAAGAAUUAGCUAUACCAAUGGAAGAACUUAUCGAUUCAUCAGGUACAUCAAAUAUCGAAGACAGUGAAGAAAGAGAAGCACGAAUGGAACGAAUUAGGGAAAAACUUAAAAAACGUAAACGUAAAGCUGUUGAUAAUGAUCAAAACGAUGAGGAAGAAGAUUUUGAUGAAAUGAUUAAGCAAGAGAUGAAUGAUCGUCAAAAGCAAGAACUUGAAAAAAUCACUGCAGAAGUAAGAUUAGUGCAGAAAGAUUUGAAAGCAAUGCUCAAGCCAAAGCAAGAAAAAGAAGAAAUAGAAGAGGAAAAACUACUAACGGAGGCGACAAAGAAACAUCUCGAAAUGAAACAAAAGUUUAGAGAAAAUGCAAAAGUUAAGCUUAAGUCGAAGGAUCCACGACGGCAAGAUGAGACUAUGUCGAUGCUUGAAAAGAUUUUAGCAGAACACGAAGGUAUGAAAUCAGUUAUCCCUGUAAAGGCACGGCAAGAAGAAGAGAAAAAAGAAGAGCCUGAAGUUUCAGUUGGGAAACUUAAUUACGAUAGUGAAGUAGACUUAGAUACAGCAGAAAUCUUGGUACAUAAGUUUGUUGCACCUGAGGAAGAUAGCAAAGUAAGCAAAGCGAAAGAUGCAAAUUUACGAGAAGAAAGUGAAGAUUGGUAUGAUAUUACGGAUCCGCGAAAUAAAAUAAAUCAACGGAGGAGAGGAGUCUUGUAG